AUGUUUGGUCCAUCCGUUGCACAUUUGAGAAAGUUUGCCACUAGUGCAUCUAUUAGAAGACAAAGAUUAGUACAAAAGGAAGCUGAAGAAAGAAGAAAAGCAAGCAGACCAAAUAGACCAAUUUCAAAGUUCUUAAAAGAGAUUUUCCAAUAUUCAGAAGAAUCAGCAACAAAUGUUUCAACAAAGAAUUAA